GCACAUGCCCCUUCGGAUCACUACAUUUAUAUCUUUAGGGUAAAUACCCAGUAGUGGCAAAUGUGCUAUUAUAUAUCAAAGGGAUCACACUUUAUUCUGUAACCUGCAUUCUUUGCUUAGAAAGAGAUGAGUGAGCUUCUGCUUCCGGGUCGCAGCCAUGGAGGUGGCAAAUUCAAGCCCUGUUAAUCCCGUGGUGUUCUUUGAUGUCAGCAUUGGCAGCCAGGAAGUUGGCCGCAUGAAGAUCGAGCUGUUUGCGGAUGUUGUGCCUAAGACGGCCGAGAAUUUUAGGCAGUUCUGCACUGGAGAAUUCAGAAAAGAUGGGGUUCCAAUAGGCUAUAAAGGGAGCCCCUUCCACAGGGUCAUAAAGGAUUUCAUGAUUCAGGGUGGGGAUUUUGUUAAUGGAGAUGGUACUGGAGUUGCCAGUAUUUACCGGGGGCCAUUUGCAGAUGAAAAUUUUAAACUCAGACACUCAGCUCCAGGCCUGCUUUCCAUGGCAAACAGUGGUCCCAGUACAAAUGGCUGCCAGUUCUUCAUCACCUGCUCUAAAUGUGAUUGGCUGGAUGGGAAACAGGUAGUGUUUGGCAAAAUCAUUGAUGGACUUCUAGUGAUGCGAAAGAUCGAGAAUGUUCCCAGAGGCCCCAACAAUAAGCCCAAGCUGCCUGUGGUGAUCUCCCAGUGUGGGGAGAUGUAGUCCAGAGCAAGACUGAUCAGACCACCACCUCUCUGCCAUUGUGGGCCUUCCUUGCUCUGGGUGAUGCUCUUGAGUAAGACAAUCCGGAUUGGCCCCUGUGUUUGCUUCCCUGCCUGCUGCGGCCCUUUUUGAUCAAGAGAUUUUGGAAGUGUCACAGAUUCAGAACCCAAGAUUUUCUGUUUAAGUUUUCAAUUAUAAAUAAAGUUUUGUUUUGUUUUGGUAAAAAAAAAAAAAAAA